AUGGGCGCCGUCACGCCUCUCGCGAUGGGCGCCGCGGCGUCCUGGGAGGCAGCACUGGCGGGGGCCUGCGGCAUACGUGCGCUCCACGUCGACGACUUGCAGAAUCCGUGGGACGCGUGGGAUCUUCCGAGCGCGAUGGCGUCGAUUCGCUCGCGGGUGGUCGGCUGCGUGGACCAGGACGCGCUGGCAGCGUCGCCAUUCUACGGACCGCCCUCGCGCGUGGCCCCGCCUUUCGUGCGGUACGCGCUGGCGGCCGCGAUCGAGGCAGCACACGAGGCCCGCCUGCUGCGCGGUCCGCUCGGCGGCGCCGCGGCGGCGGACGACGCCGGCAGCGACUCGGGGCAGAGGGUGGCCUUGACCGACGGGGCGGCGGAGCUGGCGGAGCGCGGGCGGAUCGGCGUGCUCAUCGGCGCGGGAAUGAGCUCGUCCGCGGAGAUGGGGGCGGCGGGCGCGCUCAUCGCGGCGGGUCGCGCCCGGCGCCUGGGGCCCUACUUUGUCCCGCGCGUGCUGCCCAACAUGGCCGCCGGCGUCGUGAGCAUGCUCCUCGGCCUCCGCGGACCCAUCGCGUCGCCGAGCACGGCGUGCGCGACGGGCGCCCACGCCAUCGGCGACGCCUUCCGGAUCGUGGCGCGGGGCGAGGCGGACAUGAUGAUCGCGGGCGGCACGGACGCGUGCAUCGACCCGCUGUCGUUCGCGGGCUUCAGUGCGAUGCGCGCGCUGUCGGUGGCGCGGAACGACGACCCCGCGCGGGCGAGCCGGCCCUUCGAUCGCGCCCGCGACGGCUUCGUCAUGGCGGAGGGCGCCGGCGCCGUGGUGCUGGAGUCGCUCGAGUCAGCGCGGGGGCGUGGCGCGCCCGUGCUGGCCGAGGUGCUCGGCUACGGGACGAGCGCCGACGCGUUCGCUGUGGCGCGGGGGCGGGACGACGGCGGGGGCGCGCAGGCCGCGAUGGCAGCCGCGCUGCGGGACGCCGGGCGGGGGGCGGAAGGCGUGGCGUAUUUGAACGCACACGCCACGUCGACGGUCGUGGGGGACGAGUCGGAGCUGCGCGCGAUCGCGGGGCUGUUCGGCGACCACGCGCGCAGCGGCGGCCUGCUCGUGUCGUCGACCAAGGGGGCGACCGGGCACCUGCUCGGGGCGGCGGGCGCGGUGGAGGCGAUCUUUGCCGCCAAGGCUGCCACGUCGGGCGUGGCGCCGCCGACCCUCAACCUGCUGGAUCCCGACCCCGCGGGCGGCGUUGCGGGGCUGAUUGGCGCGCGGACGGCGUUCCCGCGGGGGCCGGGCGUCACGGUGAGCAACUCGUUCGGGUUCGGCGGCGCCAACGUGAGCCUGGUGUUCGCCCCCGCGCCGGCGAGCUAG